GACUCUUGGGUUCUAUGGUUCCGUGUCAUACGGAAAGUUGAAAAAAGUGACUUUCUCAAGAAAAUCAAUGAGGGAAUUAAAAACGCAAAACAAACCAAACGCAUGCUCCAUGUAGUCUUUUCUUUAUGCAUAAAAUAAAAAUACGGCAAGCGUGACGUUUCCUUGGUGUAAUAAAUAUGUGUUAUUAAAUUCGAAUUUUAGAAAUACAUAGAUACAAUAAUAAUAAGUAUGGAAUUUUCUAUCCAGGCGUACGAUGUCAAAUCUCAAGACCAUGAUUUUCCAAAAAAAUUGCAAGAUACCGAUACACAAAUGACAUCAAGCACUGUUUCAAGUUUGUCAUCCCCUGUAGAUUCUGGUGUUCAGUUACUGGACAGCGAAAGUGAAAUAACAUCAGUUAUGUCAGUAAGUGGAUAUAACUGCGAUAUAGAAAAUAUACCCACAGAUAGUAACAAAAUCAGUAACAAAUACAAUAUUAGUGAUAAAAUUUUAAUACAUCAAGAACAAGUAAAAGAGGAAAAACGUGAUAUUGAGAAACCUCUUAUCGAAGAAGUAAAAGUUAUGACAAAAAGUGAUAUUAUUAAUCAAAAUGUGUGUGACGAAUAUAAAAAAAUAUCCUCUUCAGUCCCAAGCUACUUUGAUGAUAGGAAAUUCGAUACUGCAUCUAGUCCUAAAUCAGAACACCAACAGUUUAGUGAUGAAAUAUUUGAAAUGGAACAUCCUAUUAAAAACGCUGAGAAUACAGACAUCAUGAAUGUUUCUUUGACGAGCUAUGAGCUCUUAGAUUACACACUCCAAAAUAAAAACUUAACUGUAGAAAAUCCAGAUAUGCACGUAAGUCUCUCUGAAGAGGUUAAUGAAAACUUGAAACUAACUCUUAACACAGAAUCUACAGAAGCUCAACCUACAUUACCCAUACAAGCAGUUACAGAAGAGAUUCCAAUUAGUGAUAACAAGAAUGAAGAACAAAUUGUGUUUAGAAGACAGAGGAAGAAAAAAUCUAAAUCAGAUACGCCUAAAAAGAGAGUUUCAUUCCAUGAAGACAUUUUGAAUAGCACCAAAAUAGACGAUAUUCAUAUAAAUCAUGGUUUUAUUACUCAUGAACCCGAAGUAUCAUUAAGUUUUUUUCAAAGAGGAUUUAUUAGAAAACCAGAUGUUGUUAAAGGAAGAUACAGUUGGGCAGCGGAAGGCGACGCUCCUUAUUAUGAAAAACCGUCAACUGAACGACAGGUAAAAUCGGAUAUCUACAUAAACCAUCACAAACAUUCUUCAACGUCGUCAAGCUCAACGGGCAGCUCAACAAGUUCCAUUGAUGAAGAAGAUUCAGACGAAACUUUUGUGAAAAAGGAACCCAGUUUGAAAUCAAAACCAAAAUCAAGUUGUUUGAAAAAAACCAAACACCCCAAAAAAUAUAUAGACACUAAUAUCGUUCAAGAAGAAAUAGCUAUUAAAAAGAAAAAAUCAGAAACCAACUUAUUGGAUUCUAAUAUUUUUGGUAGUUUGAAAAAUAUUUUAAAUUUCUCUUCUUCGGUACCAUUGGCUGAACGUGGAGUACCAGAAGGACAGGAAGAUUUAUCAGUGUACUCCACUUCUCAUGAUGGAUCGAAUAGAAAAUCUUUGGGAGAUUUGAAACUUAGAUGUUUCGAAACUAUUGAGAUACCACCACCAGCUGUGAACAAAUUGAAUGAGGCAAAGAAUAAUUUGAAAUUAACUAAAAGUGAAGGGUUCUAUCCCACUUAUCCAAAUGUUCAGCAAAAUUUACCAGGAAAUAUUAUACUUUGUGACAGUAAUGUAUAUGAACAUAAAGGUAUCAGUUACUCUUAUGAAUACGAUAAGUUCCAAAAGACUUUUGAAAAAAAGCAAACGCCCAAAAGUUCAACAGUUUAUCAAAUGAUACUGAAAGAAUUCAAUUUCUUUAGAAGACGGGCUCGAGAAGAACAGCGAACUGAUCCAGAAGACGAUUUUGAAAUAAUUAGUAACAAUGCAUCUACACCUGUACAAAAUAUUGAAAAUUCAGAAAUUGAACAGGUUGAAGAACCUCGAACAACAGAUACAAAACCAAGUGCUACAACACCGAGUAACACGAGCUUAACAAAAUCGUCUAAAAUUGAUUGGUCUGAUAAUGAAACUAUAUCUGAUUUAGUGGAACCUCAGAACCCGAGACAUCUCAGUUCGCCUAAGAGAAAAAUUAACAAAACGAACCAUUACUCGAUCAGCAAUUCGUUUAAAUCAAAUUUGUCAGACAGGUCGGAAGAUACUGAGAUUGCAAAAUCAUUACCCUGUUUAAAAUCUUCUAACUCAAAAACAUCUUUAAUUAACAGAUUUUUGAAAAAUGUAACGUUGAAGAAAAUGGUAGAUGCUAAAAUACAGUAUAGACAAAAGAAUUCAAGAAGAGUGGUGAAUUUGUAUGUAAAGGGAGUUAAGCAGGUGCCAAAAUGUGAUGAAAUCGAUCAAUAUUUAGAGAAAGAAAUUGCUGUUGGUCGAAAUAAUGUUAAAAACUAUAUGGAUAGCUUAGAUAAGAAAAUGGUUGUGCAAUUUAGAAAAGAUAUCUUCAGAAAUAGGCUUGAAAAAUUACAUAGGGUGUUUCAUGUAAGAAGUGCAUACACAACAGAUGGUGAAUCUAGACCUCUAUUAGUUAUUUUAACAGACAUCACACUUUAUAUAGUAAGUUCCAAACCAACUGGUACCUUAACUAACCAUUUUGUUCUUCCUUAUACUGACUUGGAUACGAUUUUAAUCGGACCUCAAGGACAAACCAUCCAUUUUUCGAAUCAUGAUAAAGAAAUGCAAUGUCUUGUUAGUACAGGAUGUACAAAUUUGACAAGUGAUUUGGUUGGACAGCUAGAAAUUGCAAUGAGAAAAGAUAUUAAUAAACCUCGUUUACCAGCUGUAAGGCAGCUUACUAUGAGAGAUAUGGUAAAUUUGAGAAGAUCUAUUUGUAGAACUACCUCUGUUCAUAAAGAUGAAGAAUAUUUCUACUACAGUAUUGUAAAUGUUCAAGAUUGUACAUCGGAUCUCGACCCUACUCCUUUAGGACCUAAUAAGGAAGGUCCUUUGAUGUUUAAAACUUCAGAAACAGAAUCAACACGAUGGGAAACUGCUUAUUUUAUUUUAAAAGCCGGUGUUUUGUACAUGUUAUCCUCGCCUUCCCAAAGAGUACCCAUGAGAGUGUUUCCCCUCAUUAAUGGUUCUUGUCAAGGUGCUAGAAGAGUACCGAAUAGUGCAAGGCCACAUACUUUUCAAGUUAUUGUUGAAGGGAAAAGUUUACUGCUCGCCGCACCCAAUGAAUAUGUGGCAAGUGAAUGGUUACAGGAAUUGGUACAUGCUGCUAGUGGAAUGUACAGCCACCAACGCGAAAAAAAUCCAACUCAAUCGUGUUCAUUGUUGAUGACCAGUGAACACAUCCUAACUGUUAGAGAAGCAUUUCCUAUCAUGUUGAACAGUUUAUUGACUACGAGAAGUCUUCAUGAACCAAUCAAGGGAACUCAAGCCUUGUCAUGUGCCUCAAUAGUCAAUUUAACAGCAUUUCGUUUACCAUCUGCUGAACAAAGUUGGUGUAUACUGGAAUUUGCUUGUAGAGAGGUACAUGAAUAUAGUGGUGACUGGAUAUUGUAUUUCUCAACUAAUGUAGAAUUGGAAAAGUUCAUAUCGACACUUGAGAACCUUUGGCAUUACAAUAAUGAAACGGGAGACAGCUUUCCUCUAAAUACAAUACCAGAAACAGAUCCAUUGAGUAAAAAAUGCGUAGAUGUGUAUACAUCUCUACUUGGAACCUGGCCGUCUAUUUCUAGUACAGUAUUACUUCAGUUCUUAUAAGCGAAAAUAUUGUUUAGUUCAAUUUUUUGUUCACGUAUACCAUGCAUGUCUAAAUAUUCAUUACGAGGAGUAAAUUAAAACACAAAGUUUCUUCUGUUAUUAUCACUUACAACAGACAGGUACUGAUCAAUACCAAUCUAACAUUGAUCUAACUGAUAACAGGAAAUUUAAAAUAUAUAAAUUCAUUAGGAUAAGUCUGGACAUAGUAUUAGAAACAAAUAUUGAAGUUGGUGCCGGACAUUAUGAUGAUGGAGUAAAAUUUUAUUGUAUUGGCUGUUUGAUAAAAACAUGAAUAAAGACAAACAAAAACUUGCCGCAGUAGACAAAAAUUUGUUAUUUUUACAUAAAUGCUCUAACCAAUCGGCUGAUCUGUCCAACAUUUUGUUGAAUUUACAACUUGCAUGCAAUAAAAAUAAAUUGCGGCAAAAUACUAGAGCAAGUUGCAAUUGCUAGAUUUUGCAUGAUUCAUUGUCCCACUUUUUUCACAACUCUCUGUAUGUGUUGUUAUGAAUAAAAUCUCGUUUUCGUUCAUAAGUUUCUAAUUCAUAGUACUUUUUAAAAAUACAAAGCCUGUCUUCAUGAGAAAACUUUCGGAAGCAUUUCUUUCGACAUGUUAUUUUACAUGGGUCAUGCAUGAAUUCUCCAGAAACAAAUUUGUUUCUAUAAGAAAUAUAAGCUUCUCCACAAGAAAUUACUUACCAGAACGAACAUUGGGGCUUUAAGGACUGCUUCUAGAUUUCAUAUUUUUCACAACUUUGAGAACAUGUCAUCAAGUUUCUUACAAUUUGUUUUGUGGAUUCAGUGAGGUCUUGGUCCUGCAACUUAAAAUACCAGGUUGUAGUAACAAGAAUUAUUCUGAUUUAAAGAUACCUACUUCUUAACAUAUUUAGCGCCACCAAUUGAAAUGUCGUGAGACUUAUCUAGGUAUAGCAUCAGAAAGAACAGAAUCAUAGUGUUACAAGCCAGUAUGUAUCAUUAUUUCCCAGAAAAGUCAAGUUACCUAGUUGUUGUACUAAACCCCACAAUAUUAUUUGAUAUUGGAUAAUAAAUGGAAUAUGAAUAUUGCUUUUUUUCUACUCUAGGCUCAAUUAUUAGUACUGUACCAUUCAUACCAUAUGCCCUGGGAUAUAUUUGAAUAUGAUGAGAUUUAAAUAAUAAAUACUCAACUAAAAAUAUUAGAAUUUGAAAGAAAAAAGUCAGAUGUAUAAUGAAUAUUAUGACAUGCAAAAUAUUCUCAACCAUAUUUUUACACUUAGACGAUUUGUAUAUAUAUUUACAAUUUAAUUAUUUUUUCUAAAAAAUGUUUAUCAAAUUUAAAAAUUUUGUCUCGUCUCUUCUAGUCAUUUUUUUGUCUAAUAAGGAAUAUUGUGAUAUGUAUGAAAAUAAUGUAGUAAUAAUAAUUUUAAUAUUGUUUAUCAAGUACCUACGCUUCUGUAGUAAUUACUAUACAAAUGUGCACAUGUAGACAAAACACUAAUAUAUAGUUUGUGUUAUAGUUUUAAGUAACUCUGAACUAAUCUAGUAGUGGAAUAAAUAUUAAUUUGAUAUUCAAAAACAAAAACUUAGAGCAAAAGCAUUUGUUCACUUCCACGGCGGGUAUUUUGACAAUUUGUUAAAUUGCUCUAUACUGUCAACAAUAACUUCACUUCUCUUAAGUAAUUGAUAUUGUGAUGUUAAAUACAUUCCGUAAAAAGCGGGUGAGGAAAUAAUCCAAACAUUUUUAAUUCAAAUUUGAAAUAUAUUAACAGAACCAUUUCAAAAAAUAUAAAUUCUGGUUUGGCCUUUCUUAUGCUUACAUACUUAUUCCAUUACUAUGAUUAUAGAUAUACUCUUAAUAUGAUAAACUUGUUUAGUUUUAGUAUCUAGCUAAAAAUUUACAUGAAAUUCAGUGUGAAAUUAUUGUAAUUAACUAUAUAUUGUAAUCAUUAUACAAAGUGGUUUUAUAGAGGGUGUUAAUUUACGAUUUUUGUUAUUAGUUUUUUUAAAACAUUUUUUUAAUUGACAUUAUACUCAAUAUUCAAAAUUAAAAAUGAAGAAUAUACAGAUUGAAGCAAAGUAUGACAAACGUUUUAGGUAAUGUCCCAUUAAAUUGUAUUUCAACACUAAUUCGUAUACAAAUGCACAAGUUAUCAGAAUUAAAUAAAUAAGAUGAAAAUUAGAAAAGUGCUAAAAUUCUGUAAUAAAUCUUGUUGCUAUUUCGAAUGUGUCUACUAGCAAGUGCUUUACAACUUCUUUUAAGUUUUCAUAUAAAGUGAUCUUUCAUAGUAUCUAAUUUAUUUUUUAAAGGAAAUACGAAUACAUUUUUGUUAAGUACAUAUUUUCAACAAUACUCAAUAAUCACCGACAGUUAAGGGGGUAUCCUGGUCUGGAAGCCUAAAUUUUAGGCAUUUUUUAAACUAAAGUAAAAAAAUUGAAAAACAUUUUGCUAUAAAUUUUUUAUAUAUUUAUUGACUUUUAAAGAAUAUAAAAAAAUAAGAAUUUCAAUAAAUUACAAGCCUGGAAAGUGGGGGCUACAAAAAUUUCUUAAUCUGUAAAGUCGCUAUCGCAUUGACCUUAGCCAAAAAAAAUCACAAAAUGUCGUCGACAUGAAAUAUCAAUUUUUCUCCCUUUUUUUAACUUUUCGAAUUUUUUAAAAAUACUCCAAAUCGAAAUUUUUUAAAAUCCAAGGUAGAUGCGAUUGAGAGAUAUAUAAAAAAAUUUCCACCAACUUUCAAAGGAAUCGGUCGGAUAGAGCUUGAGAUUCCAGUAGAACAAUUUGUUCCGCUCGGCCGGUUUAGACGCUACGUCACAAAAUCUACUGCAUCUCCGGAAAUAAUGCGAAUUUGUAAAAAUCCGUUUAAGGACAUAUUCUUAAGGGUCUAAGUUAUAAAAAUGUGCAAAAAAAAUCAAAUUUCUAGACCAGAAUACCCCUGUGUUGUUAUUUGGGUUAAUAAAAUAAUAAAGCUUAAAAGUAUACAAAAGAUUUUAAAUUAGUAUUUGAAAAUUCAGAAUAAGAUCCUAUGUUCUGUAACAGGAUAUUCAAUGUUCUGAAGAUUCUGAAUUUAUGUAAUAAUUCUGCAGCUACAUCUCUGACACACUGAAUUUCUCCUAUAUACAUUUUUUGGUAAUAAUCUAGAUUAGGUUACACCCCUCUGAUUUCGUUAAAAUUUUAGAACAUUAUGAAGAAAAUUACGCCGAACAAUACUAAGAAACCAUUCCUUCAUGUACUUUUUUUCGUUUGAAGAAUUAAAUAAUAAUCUAACCUAACCUAAAAAUUGUGAUAAUUUUUAAGUUUGGUUAUUAUUAUUUUGGUUAUAUAUCGACAUACGCAGAUUCUAGGAGGUGCUGCAUCAAGUAUACGAAGACUACUUAGUGCAGUAAACAGUUAAAUAUGUACAUUAAUAUACAAAGAGCGACGGCAAUUCGUGUGUACAGUUCGUUUAGGACUGUAUCAACUGAAGCUGUCCCAGUACUUGCAAGUAUAGUACCUAUCGACCUACAGGCUCAACAAAGAUCUUGAUGUAUAGGGAAAGAAUUAUAAGUAUGUGGCAAACAAGGUGGUCUGAUAUCACUGCUAAGUGUCAAUGGACUAAAAGGUUGAUAACUAACAUAAAUUUAUAAGUAACAAGAAUACAUGGCGAAUUAAACUAUUAUUCGACAAAAACGCUAACCGAACAUGGAUGCUUCCAACAGUAUUUUUUCCGGUUUAAAAUUUCGGACACACCACAUUGCAUUAUAUGUAGCAAGCAAAUAGACUUGUUUUGAGUGUCUCCAGUGAGAGACAGAAAGAAUAACCGCCGAGACGGAAAUAGGCGAUAAAAUUUCACCCGAAAAUAUUGUAGAACAUAUGCUAAAGAGUCCAUAAGAAUGGGAAGUAAUACUAAAAGUAUAUUAACAUGAAAAGGAAUGUUGAAGUAAUACCUUUGGGCGAUACCAACAUUCUUUAGAACAAACAGGAGGGAUUUUUUAGUGUGUAGAAAUCCCACACUACCGAAGUCCGAGGGGUGUAACCUAAUUUGGAUAAUUACACAUUUUUUAAAAAAUACUUAAUAUCUUAUUGAUAUAUUCUCUAUUAAUAAAAUAAUACUCUGUUUUACAAAGUAAUUUGUUACCUGAAAAUUUUUUUAGAUAAAGGAAUGAGAUACGGUUUUCACAUAUUUUUCUAUGGUUAAAUAAAGGGAGUUCACUUUAUAAAUAUUUGUGUAUAAAUAAUAGAUUAGGUUCAAUGUUUCAGAAAGAUUUGUAAUUAUACUUCACCAAACUGACAAUUUUACAAUAUAAUUGUAUGCACAUGUACUUGAUAUUGAUAAAGACCAGGUUUAGAAUAUAAAUCAAGAUUUUGGUGUCAUUGGUUGAAUUAUUGUGACUAAUUAAAUAAAACAUUUAAUACACUUGUUUAUAAUAAAAUAGUAACCAAAAUACUAGAUAAUCAAUGCUAUGGAAAUGAUACAUGAAAAGUUAUUCAGAAUUAUUUAUCUGUGUAAAAUAUGAAGUACAUUAGAUGUAAUAUUUUGUAAAAAUAUUCAAUAAGUGGGAUUAUAAAAAUAAAUUACUUUUUUCAAAAGCGACACAGAAAAAUGAGUUGCUGGAUACCUUAAAAAAUUCUUAGCAAAUAUGAGAGCUGUUAAUUUUAUUAAGGGUCUUUUUAUUUUUUUCUUAGUUCAAUGUACAAAAAUUAGCUCCUCAUCAUUGGUUGUACACAAAAAUGUUCUGGAAGAAUUUUUUAGGAAAUUUAACGCUCUACAAAGAAGGUAUCCUCAACAUUUGAUUGAUAUUGUGGAUUUAAGUUUGAUUAUCUUAAGACAAGUUUUAUGAGAAAUUAAAUGCUCUAAAAGAUGGUAUUUUAUGUUAUAACAUUAAAUAGUCGAAAAAUUUCAAUUCAAUUUAUGAAUUUCAUACUAAUUGUGUUUUUUAGUUAUAUAAAUAAAUAAAAAAUGUUUGAAAAUAAUUAAUUCAGUUGAAAAUUGAUAUAAAAAGCUUUUUUUAUAACUAAAUGGCCAUUUUUCUCUCUCUAAGACUGAAAUUAUCUACUAUCUUGAUAUAUUUAUAAUAAAAACUUCUUUUGUUAAUAAUUAAUUAACUAAGCAAUAAAUAUUUUGAUUAUUUGCUGUUGAUAAAAACUAAAAUUCGUGUACAUUCCCUCAAAUUUUAGUUUUUAUCAACUGAAAAACAUCAAAACAUCUAUCGCUUGGCUAAUUAUGUAUUAAUAAAAGAAAAAA